UAUGCAGGAACGCCCCAAUUGCGGGUAGUAAUUUCACCCUUCUUGUUAGAGUGGGAGAGCAGAAAGGCUCUGGACAGGCUGAGUGGAAAGCUGGAAAGCCCCUCCCUGGUGAUUGUAGCCUACGACGCGAUGGUGCUUUAAUGUCAUUAUUUGAGUGGAGCUGCGCCCCGCUUGCAUCCGCUGGGAUCAAACAACCCCGACAGCGAGAUCCCUUUUUGUCAUAGAAAUCAGACACUGCCUCUAAGUCACACGUCGGCUUCCGAAAUGCUAAAAAGUUGAACAUCCAGCCGUGGACUUGUAAUACAGAACGGAUCAAGGAGAUGCUGAGGACAAUCUGAACAGUGUACGACAGGACUCUCUCCACGUUUCACUCUCAUCGGCAGUAGGAUACAUAUAUUUGUAUAUAGCUGGUGUGUAUAAAGCUGGUGAGCUACAGUGCUCUGUAGCCUAAAGCACAUGCAUAACUUUUAUCGCGCUUAGAAAAGUAGGCAAUAGGGGCGAGUUUGUUCUUCGUUUGAAAUGGCAAUCAAGUCAAUUUCCGUGAGUGUCGCUCAGUAGAGUUUUUUUUGUUUUGAAUGUACAAAAACUAGCAUAGCAUAUUUGUAAAAAAUGCCGGAUUUGGCCCCACUAAUUGUUUUGUUUGCGCUGCUCUGUUCAAUCUCUGGGCGCGCAUCCGGAUGCCCUCUCCGGUGCGAAUGCUCAGAAGCCGCGCACACCGUCAAGUGUGUUUCCAAAUACUUGCGGAGUGUCCCGUCCGGGAUACCAGGGUACACGAGGAAUCUGUUUAUAACGGGAAAUCAGAUCAGCAGAAUUGGACCAGAAUCGUUCAAAGGGCUGGACAAUUUAACCACGUUGUCACUGAGUAACAACAGGAUAACAGAGAUAGAGUCUCAGACGUUUUCCGGACUGCGUUCCCUCCGCUCUCUGGACCUGAGCUCCAACCAGCUGACUGUCAUCAACCCAGAGGCCUUCACUGUCCCGGGCCACACCCUCAGGGAGCUCAACCUCAGCCGAGCUCUCUACAACCACUCCUCUGUCAUGGACCUGGCUAUGUCUCUUCGCUGGUCCACCCUGGGGGAGAUCCGGACCCUGGACCUGUCAGGGAACAGCCUGAUCUACCUGCCCUCUCACACCUUCUCCUACCUGGGGGGCCUGCGGAGGCUCAUCCUGGCCAACAACUCCCUGGUGGCCCUCUACAAUGGCACCUUCUCUGGGCUGGACUCUCUGGAGCAGCUGGAUCUGACCUUCAACGCUCUGCGGACCGUCCAGGAGGAGGGCCUGGCUGAGCUGGACUCGCUGUGUCCCGGGGCGAGACUCAUUCUAGGGGAGAACCCCUGGACCUGUAUCUGUGGCAUGGAGCCCUUUGCUGCCUGGCUCAACUCCUCCCAGGGACAUGUGGGGGACGCAGAGAGCCUGGUGUGUGCCUUCCCCCCAGACAUGAGGAACAUCUCUCUGCUGAGGUUGGCGGCUGGACAGGCUGGGGUGGGCGGGGACAGGGUGGCGCUGGGGUGCCACAGGGUGGAUGAGGGGGCGGACCUGGCCCUCCAGACUUCCUACGUGUUCCUAGGGAUCGUCCUGGGCUUCGUGGGACUCGUCUUCCUCUUGGUCCUCUACCUCAACCGGCAGGGCAUCAAGAAGAGGAUCAAUGACAUGCGGGAAGCGUGCACGGAGGUGUUGGAGGGAUACCACUACCGCUACGAGCACGACGCCGACCCCAGGCUCUCACAGGUCUCCACCACGGCAGACAUUUGAUGAUAUCAAGACACUCAAGGGGCUUCCAUGAUCCUUCUUUCAUAAUUGAAAACAUUGGACUUUUUGUCUAUUGCAUUUAUAGAGAAUAAUGUAGAAACUGUACAUAUGAAUUGUCUGUAAAUAUAAACAUACAGUAAGUAUAUAACUGGGCAUUGCUAUUGUUUUCCCAGUAGCUGGGUCCAUGACGAAAGCAUGCACCGUCUGUCUGAUCUUAUAGUCCUUCUCAACCAGUCCUCCCUUCCAGUCCACACUUCGUCUGAGACUAGGGAUAACCCCUGGCUAACUGAUAAAGGGGCAUGGGCUGUGAAAGAGAACUGGUGUAUGGAUCGGGGACGGACUGACUGUUCUUCUACAUAGAUUUUCCCCUCUUAAAAGAGGUGCUUCUCUGUCUGUCCUCGAGUGAAGUGUCACGUGAAGGAGUGAAACGACAAUUGGACAAUAUCAUUCAUGUAUGUUUUGAUUCUUGAAACUGAGAACAGAUAUGGAUGAAUAUACUUAAUUCAUGAAGCUGAAGUAAUAAAACUGAAGACUGUUCUUAUACA